AUGUUAAGGGCGAAGCUCACACGAUGUCCACGCGUUGUCGCGUCGUCGAGCUCGCUACCAGCAUCGUUACUUCACACCUCCCCCGUUCUCCAGUCCUUCCGCAAACGUAGGUCGCGCGUUCAAGAACAGGCUAAUCUUUCGAAACGCCAGGAGAGAGAGCGUUUGGAACAGACAGACCGUCCCCAUAUUGUUCUAGGGACGCGACCUAGCACUCCUGAGCGCUGGGAGAACAGCGACCUGGCGAAAAUAUUGGUCACAGAAAAAGACAUUCUGGAUUCUCCCGUCAUGCCUCUCACCCCCACGCUCGAGCACGACAUACAAACGCCAACCUACUACAAUUACGGUCUCGGAGCGCAGGAGAGGGAGUUACUGUUCGAGACGCUACCUGUAUUGUCGGUGGAAGGGACGUCUAUGAGGCGGCCGAUGGAUGACCCAAAGCAGUUAUUGGAAAACCACAAGCUUGCCGAUGAGCAUGAGCGCAGGAAAACUGUGAUGCUGGCACGGCUAGUGGACCUGCGGAAUGCAAAUGCACGCGGGAUUGCGUUCGAGAACCGCAGACGAAUUAUCUCAGAAUUCUCUGAGUCGGGAAAACCUAAUGAUACGGGAAGAUCAGAGGUGCAAGCUGCACUGCUGACACUGCAAAUUCGGAACCUUUGGGACCAUUUGAACAAGUACAAGAAGGAUAUCAGCAACCGUAGGAGCCUCCGCCGGCUGGUGCACCAACGAGCGAAAAUCCUGAAGUACUUGAAACGGGUAGAUCAAGACCGAUACGACAAUGUACUCGAGCGUCUUGGGUUGGAGCCUGAGAGUGUCGAGGGCGAAUUGGUCGUUUAA